GUAACGGCUUCCGGAAGAACGCUUUCUAUCUGAAGUUGAUCCAACCCCAGAGCCCGCAGAAAUCCAUCUGCCAAAGCAUAAUAUCAAUGGCUGCAUCACCUCAACCUUACUCAGGAUACGCUUUUCCGAUCACGGCUACUCCGUGUACCUCGUCCAAGAUCCCGCCGAAACCGAAACCGGUCAACGUAUUCUCAAACGAUGGAUCAUUUCUGGAAAGGUUCCAGAGGAGCAGGAAGGAGGAGGAGGAUAAACGGAAAGCUGAGGAGGCGCUCGCGAGGAAGAGGCAAUUUGAUGAAAGAUUUAGAAAACGAGGCAAGCGUCAACAACCUGAUACUUCUUCUAUAGUCACCCAAGGAAAACCUACAAAGAAAGUCAAGUUUGACGGUGCCCCAUUAUGAUACAUUGUCGAUAAUGAUGCAUUCUCUUAUGCCCCAAUAGUAUCAAUGCGCUCCCAUGAUAUCUCCAUAAUGUGUGCCUUUACUCUGUAGUCUUGAGCUCACUAUCACUGGCAAAAUUAAUGAUAAAUUUGAACACAAUGUGACCGAAGACAAUCUUCAUCCACUUGGUGAGACUGGUGGAA